GGAAGGUUAAGGUUUUUGAAUGGCCUAUAACGAAAACAAGCCAUAGGACAGUAGAACCAACCGCGACAUUAAGUCCUUUUGUCCCUAUGAGCAAGUGCCACCUCAAUGUAAAAAUGGUCUUUCGCUAGUCCGUACCGACAAACCAGCGGCAACGGGGUACCACCGAAAAUAACAUGGUGGACCUCAAUCAUGAGCGUCCGGCCAAUGACGUCGACAGCGAGGACGUGUCAGAUAUCAAGAUGGCUCCUGGACAAGCUGCAAAAGGAGGGGGUCCAAGUAAAGAGCAUGAGCCUCUGGAAUUCUCACGUAGAAAUACAAGCGUGAAAAGAUUAUGGAACGAAUGGAGUGAAAAUGUUAGACGAGUCUAAUAGAAGACGAGGUCUAGUGACCUUUUGAGUUUAAUAGAUGUCUUAGUCCUUCUCUAACUUUCGAAAGCGGCAAAAUGCAGAAAGAAGCUAGCGAGACCCAUCAUGGAGGGAACCAUGAAACUUCCAACUCUGGUGCUGUGAAUCGCCCAGCAUCUGAACUAGACAGAUCCAGGAUUUCCGUCACGCUAUCGCAAAGCACCCUGUCGCGAUCCUUGCCUCCUGGUAUGACAGAAGUGCAACCACUAUGAAAGCAGAAAGUGUACUUAUAGAUACUCAAGAAAUUCUUGGCUAAGAAAGUCGGAUUAAUUUCAGUGGGAAACCACAACCAGGAGCCACUUUUCUGAGUACUUACCACGAGUAUACUUUUUCCUGUCAUAACCACCGCCACUGCCACCUGGGUUCCAGACUGGAGGAAGCAGUAGCUCUACCAAAAAGGAGAAACACAAGAAGGAACGCAAAGCAGCUCCUCGCAGAGGAUGGUCACAUGGUUAUGACCUGGAUUUUUUAGAGAAUUUCUUUUUUGUUUUACCGCUUUUGAUGCCUUUUUUCCAUUGAUUGAGACGACAAUAUUGGAUUUGAAUGGCGAGCGUCGCGUUACCUACUUCUUCUACGGAGCUCAACGCAUACGCAACUCCCGUUUUUCUCUCUCAUCAACUCCCGUACAGCCGCUUCUGCUCUAAAAUAAUGCCUCUUCCUCCCACGCUGCUCCACAUGUCGAAGACCCUGACGACAAGAAGAAAAAGCUCAAUGCUAGUGACUACUAUUUGCCAGAGAGUGUCUCAACGACGCCCAAGUCAAAGAAUCAAGCGUGGACCGACGAAGGUGGUCAGAAUCAUGAUAGGAAAAACCAAAGUAGUGCAAGUACUAAAGAGUCUACUAUUGGACAUGGACUUGGAGGAGUGAGCGUAGGUGGUGGUGGAGCUGAGGCCGAGCAUAGGCCCAGAAAAAGUGUUAGUGUUGGUCCAGAAGAUAGUUUCAACUACCCUGAUGAAGCAGAUCCACCACAAAAAAAGCUAGUACUAGCUGACUAUGCUUCUUCAUCCUCAGCUUCAUCUUCGAAGGGUUGUAAGACUAAGCAGAGGCCAAAGACCUCUAGGAAAGCCCGACCGGCUGAGGACCAAGUGGCUCGAGCGGGCCGUUUAGCAGAGAGGGUGGAGUCCAUGUCAGCAGCGUCUAGACCUACAACUGCACCAGCAAGUCGACGGACAGGAGUUGCUGAUUAUGUUUGUGUUUGUGAGAAUUAGGCUCUCUUUUCGCCUUAAUUCAUUUACAAGUCCCAACUCAUAAUAAUUUCUGUGGUUUGUGUUUGUGAUCAGGAUGAUGAAAAUCAAAAUUCAAACUGACUAGAGAAGUGAAUAGACCAUGAGCAUGACCAUGAACCAUGAAUGUUGAGAGAGCAAUACAUAGGAAUACUUGCCUAUUAGCCUAUUUGAUUAAUAUUACAGUGCCACGUCUAAUUCUCUGCAGAAGAUACAGCAGGAGGUGCCGGUGGAGAUCUUCCGAGACAACAACGUACCAGUAGAGAUAGACCGGACUGGAGAGACAAGAAGCAGCUUCCUGGUUCCGGC